AUGGUGGAUCUUCGAAAUCUGAGCCCAACGGCUGCAGAUGACGUACGGGAUAUUGGACCACACAUGUGGGCCAGGGUUUACGCUAAAGGAGCCCGUUAUAGUCUCAUGACGACGAACGCCUGCGAGAGUUGGAAUGCGAAAAUAUUGACAUUCAAAGAUGUGCCCAUAUGUCAUUUAGUAGAUUAUCUUCGGAAAACGCUCAUGAAAUGGUUCUCUGUUCGUAGACAAGAAUCUAAUGAUUGGCACCAUGCCUUCAGUAAACACGCCCAUGAAGCUAUAGAGGAACGCAGAAUAUUGGCUAUGAAGUGUAGUGUCAUCCAUGUGAUAGAUGAGCAAUAUGAAAUAAAUGAGAGUGAUAACCAGGAUCAGAACAUCGUCGAUCUUGUGCGGAAGACGUGCACUUGCGGAGUUUUUACACUAGAGCAUUUUCCUUGUGGCCAUGUGAUGGCGGUAUGCCAGAAGAUUGGGGUCAGGUGGGAGACUCUUUGUGGGGAGUACUACCGAACUUCCAGCUGGAGAGGUAUGUAUGCGCCUCCUAUCUAUAGAGCCAUGACUUGUGAUUGGUAUCUCCCAGAGGAUGUGGAUGCUACUGUUGUUUUGCAUCCCAAUACAGGCAGAGGUCCUGAUCGUCCAAGGGGUGGUCGAUUUCGGUCUGCUUAUGAAAGACUUGCUCCAUCUAAAGGGACACGAUCUUGUUCAAAUUGUCACAACUUAGGUCAUUACGUCAAUACCUGCCUGAUAAGUAAAACUUUGUUCCAUCUGAGUUGA